UUCCAGUAAUACGUAUAUGCCGCAUGUGAUGCAGUGGUUGGUGGUAGUGGUGAGUGUGGUGAUGGUGACUAGCAACACAUCAUGUUCGUACUGGUGCCACACUCCUCAUAAACAACCAUACUGUUGCAGCCUCCCUGAUCGUGUCUACCCGGAGCCUCAAGUGCAUCCUGGCAGAUGCUUCACUGCUCACAAAGGGCUUUCCAAGAUUCGCAACCCUGAGGUGUGUCCCCAUGACGGCGCCUGCUCAUACAACCAGAAAUGUUGCUGGAAUAAUCAUGUUGGACACCACAUUUGCACAGCCAUCAACCAAGUUCCCGUGGAAGAGCAACGCCCAGAUUUUAAUAAACCUGGACAGCAGCAGCAGCAGCAGCCAAGCUUCCCCGUUGUGUCGCACUUGGCUCGGACAAAUGUAGACGCCCUCAGUAAAGGUUCUAAACCUUAGCACAUUUGUUGAGUUCUGUGAGGCUCCUCACUGUGACAACCUAACUCGGUAAAAUAAACGUCACUUUCUUCCUCAAUGAGAUGACAAAAAAAAAAAAAAACACGUUUUACUAAUGAAGUUAUUUGACCUUGCAAGUACUCUAGGCUACAAUUUGAUCAUUAUUUUCCGUCAUAAAAGACUUUAUGCAAGAUUGCAAAAUAAUAGUAUAAUAAAAUUAUUUCAGAAUGA